AGAGGUGGUUCGAACUGCUUCUCAGGCGAUACCACUGUCCGAACAUACGACGGAAGAGAAAUUCAGCUGCAGCACUUAAAUUCAUCCGAAUGGGUUAUGACCAAAUACAAGAAUGAGAUAACAUUUGCACAAAUAACGUCCUGGCUUCACAGACUACCAGACAAAGAAGUGAACUUCUAUCGUAUCAUCCUGAAAGACGGCAGUCAGCUGAAGCUCACUGCAAAGCACUACAUCUACAAAACAACAUGUGAUAAUCUACUUGAGCAAAAAGUGGAUUUUGAAACGAUAGAAGAUGAAGCUGAAUGGGCAACGAACGUGAAUAUUGGCGACUGCUUGUACAGAGUAAGGAAUGUCGAGGUAGAAGUUGUUGCUGUAGACUGGGUGACGGAGAAAGGAAUUUUCGCCCCGAUGACAGGUACCGGCGAUAUUAUUGUCAACGGAAUUCAUGCAUCUUGUCACAACAUACUGCACAGCCACUCCCUGCAGUAUUCUUUCUUCCAGGCUGUAGAAAGUGUGGCAAAGUGGUUCCGAUGGAUGAGUGGCGCAGAUCAGGCAUUUCAAAAGGAUGUGCCGCAUGGUUUGGAGCUUAUUACGGAAAUGCUCGAUUUCGUUUUACCUUCGAGCCUCCAUACUCUGUGA